CACAUCCAAGCGAUCAAGAAGUGGAUCGCGGCGAGGUCGCCGCGGCCGAUCAAUUGCUCGACGACCGUCGCGGCGUACGCCUUCGUGUGGGCCGGCCACGCGCGCGCUCGCCGGAGCUCCGGCGCCGGCGGCGGCGCGCGGCGGAGGAGGCUGCACUUCAUGUUUCCGGCGGACUUCCGGCGGCGGGUGGAGCCGCCGAUCCCGGCGGAGUACUUCGGGAACUGCAUCGGGCCGUGCUUCGCGGAGGCCGACGCGGAGGAGCUCCUCGGCGGGGCGGGAUUGGCGGCGGCGGCGGCGGCGAUCGCGGGGGGGAUCGAGGAGCUGAGCUCCGGAUUGGAGGGGGCGGAGAAUUGGAUGAGGAGGGUCAAGGCGGUGGCCGCGGAGCAGCCGCUGUCGGCGGCCGGGUCACCAAGGUUCGGGGUUUACGAGACGGAUUUCGGGUGGGGGAGGCCGCGGAGGGUGGAGAUCGUCUCGGUGGCGAACACCGGUGCGGUGGCGCUUGCGGAGUCCCCGGAUGAGGACGAGGGGGGCAUCCAAAUUGGUUUGGGGCUCCGGCGGCCGGAGUUGGAGUCGUUCCAGGACUACUUUGUUCAGGCACUGAAAGAUGUUACUGAGUAGGCUACUUUUGUUCAGGCACUGAAAGAUGUUACUGAAUAAACAUUUAGUUUUCGUUUGGCGGCCGGAGUUGUAGUUGUUCCAAAACUGCUUUGUUCAGGCAAUGAAAAAAUUUACUGAAUAGAAAUUUAGGUUUCGUUUGGCGGCCGCAGUUAGAGUUGUUCCGGAACUACCGAAUAAACAUUUAGGUUGCGUCUGGUUCGAAGAAAAUAUCGUCUGAUCAUACUAAUCUACUCUGAGAUACGUAUCAGUUGUAAUGCAGUGAAUUCACUAUGUUUCACAGUUGGUUGA